UUUAAGUCGGUUCUUACACACUCUUGUCCCCUAGUGUUUAAAAACCAGAUGGCUACAUGACGUAAUAUACAUGCGACAAGGCAGGAAGAGAUUGCGUGAAGUGUACAGAGUGAUGCCCCUACAUAAGCAUCCACCUGCCAUAUGGAAAGCGCUAAAGCUAAAGGAAGGUAUCUAUGCGCGCCUGCCAGCACAUUACCUGAACUCCCUGAAUGAUACAGAAAAACCUACUCCAGUACAUUGGAAACCACAUGGGUUGAAGUACAGGAUAAAUCCAAAGACCGGGCAAAAAGAACGCGUUCAAGAUGUCCCAAUACUUCCCUAUUUUCCUCCAAGUGCCAAUGAAGGCCUUUGGGGGGGAGAAGGCUGGGUCUCUGGCUUUCGUUAUGCAAAUAAUGAUAAGCUCUCAACCAGAUUAAAGUGUGUUUGGAAGCCUCAGCUUUUUACUCGCCAGCUGUAUAGUGAGAUACUGGAUAAAACUUUUUCAAUCGAAGUCACAAUGGGAACUUUGGAUCUUAUUGAUGCUGCCUAUGGUUUUGAUUUUUAUAUCUUAAAGACUCCGAAGAGAGAUCUGUGUUCAAAACUAGGAAUGGAUUUAAAAAGAGCAAUGCUGUUACGCCUUGCAACCAAAGAUCAAAAGCUUUACCCCAAUGAUCCAGUAAAGAGGGAACAGAUUUAUAACAAGUACAAGGCAUUUGAAAUUCCACUAGAAGAAGCAGAAUGGGUCGGCUUGAGUUUGGAAGAAGCUGUAGAAAAGCAAAGACUUUUAGAAAAGAAAGACCCCACACCUGUGUUUAAAAUUGCUGUAGAUAAUCUUGUCAAGAAAAUAGUAUCCCAGAAACUAGAGGAACCAGCAGUGAUAGAGAGGAAAUCCUAAGGAUCAAUUUGAAAUCUUUUUUUGAUUGGUUAAUGGUGAAAGCGGUGUACCGUAAUCAGUUUGUAAGACUGAUUUGUAUUAUGCAACUGUUCAAUUCUCCUGUUGGUAAAAUAUGUAUGUUUAAUUUAAAACCGUAAAUAAACGAUCUUUGUAUAAA